UGUGUAUCUUCCUCAACCUCUCAUUUAUCCGUACGCUUCCCCUGCGCAACUUCAUUUCAUUCUUCGUACCCAUGUAGAGAGGACCAUCGGUUAAUCCGAUGGCCACUCAUACUUAGCUCAGUUGAACCUCGUUUAUCAUCCAUCAUCGAAUAUUAGCCCCCAAUCCCACACUACUUAUGAUGAAAUCGUGAAAUCUAUGCUAUUCGGUGUUAGUCGCUUCCUUAUCCGACCGUUGGAACUUCGAUGGUGGUUUAAGAAAUUUCUAUGGUGGCUGGAAUUAUUUCAUAUCCGACCAUUAUAUUUUCUCAGACCAUGUGCUCUUUACUCUCCCGAUUUGGGUUCUAAGAUUUUGCAGUUUCAAAGACGGCAGAGCAUGGAUUCAGGCAGCAAAGCCUCGAGCCACACAACUGGAGCAUUGAAUAUUGGGCCAGCAUUAAAAAUAACAUUGGGCCAGCCACAUGACCCGUUUUGCACCCAUGUAAAACCAACCCGACCCGUUUUUGAUCCAUAACUUUGGGCGGGAACACUGUUCAUUUUUUCUCUUCCUUUUGUAUAAUAGAAGAUGACUCUCAUUAUUCAUUACGAGUCAAAAGUUGUGAAUCCUACAAAAAUCAGCACCAUCUAAACUUGGGAAUUGUGAUUGACAAAGGUUGAUUGGUUGAAUUAAUUUUAUUUCCAAACUUUAAAAAUCUCGCCUAAUUCACUCUUUAGCUACUUAGCUACAUGAAGUUUAUAAUAUACUACAUACAUAUCAAGUCAAUAAUUCUCUAAUACUCA